GUGGGUACCGGGGUUGCUUGCCGAGUCCCACCUCGAGGUGAAGCCGGUCCGGUCCGGUCCGGUCCCAAAGCUCGGAACCCUUCGGAUCCCGCCACCGUGAGCCCCGGCCUCCUCGGGGCCGUCCCCCUGUCCCUGCGGCCAUGAGCGUGGGUUUCAUCGGCGCGGGCCAGCUGGCGUGCGCGCUGGCGCGGGGCUUCACGGCUGCAGGCAUCCUGUCAGCUCACAAGAUAAUAGCCAGCUCCCCGGAAAUGGACCUGCCCACGGUGUCCUCCCUCAGGAAGUUGGGUGUGAACCUGACCCGCAGCAACAAGGAGACGGUGCGCCACAGCGACGUGCUCUUCCUGGCCGUGAAGCCACACAUCAUCCCCUUCAUCCUGGACGAGAUCGGGGCCGACGUGCAGGCCAGGCAUAUCGUGGUCUCCUGUGCAGCUGGCGUCACCAUCAGCUCUGUGGAGAAGAAGCUGAUGGCCUUCCAACCAGCCCCCAAAGUGAUCCGCUGCAUGACCAACACCCCUGUGGUGGUGCGGGAGGGUGCCACUGUGUAUGCCACGGGCACCCACGCCCUGGUGGAGGAUGGGCAGCUCCUGGAGCAGCUCAUGAGCAGUGUGGGCUUCUGCACUGAGGUGGAAGAGGACCUCAUCGAUGCCAUCACAGGGCUCAGUGGCAGUGGGCCUGCCUAUGCGUUCAUGGCCCUGGACGCGCUGGCUGAUGGUGGGGUGAAGAUGGGUGUUCCACGGCGCCUGGCGGUCCGACUGGGAGCCCAGGCCUUGCUGGGAGCUGCCAAGAUGCUUUUGGACUCGGAGGACCAUCCAGGCCAGCUCAAGGACAAUGUCUGCUCCCCUGGAGGGGCCACCAUCCAUGCCCUGCACUUCUUAGAAAGUGGGGGCUUCCGUUCUCUGCUCAUCAAUGCAGUCGAGGCCUCCUGUAUCCGAACACGAGAGCUGCAGUCCAUGGCGGACCAAGAAAAGGUCUCCCCGGCUGCCCUUAAGAAGACUCUCCUUGACAGAGUGAAGUUGGAGUCGCCCACCGUGUCCACACUGGCCCCAUCCAGCCCAGGGAUGCUCCUCACGAGAAGCCCGGCCCCGGGAAGCAAGAAGGACUGAGGAGUUCUCUGUCUCCUCGAGACCUAGAGCCCUUGGCUGAGUGGCCUUGGUACCCCAGUACUCAGCAGUGUGGGGGAGGGGCAGGCUUAGGCAGCCCCGAGUGCUAGGGAUAAAGACCCUUUAGGUCACUUCAGAACAGGCAGUGCUACGGCCCUCCCAUGCCCGGUGUCCAAAGAUACUCCAGAUGCCAGAAGCUGGGUCCCUCCAGCUGGAACCCAAGUCUGGCUCAGUUUGACAUCAAGGCCAGGCGAGAAGACACAGGAGAGACCUGUCUUCUGAACUGACGUAGAAAAGAAAUGAGCAGCUUAGAAGUGCCCCACCUCAUCAGAACUGUGGGAUCCCACCUGCUUCUGUUUAACUCUGGCUUCGGAGCUGUCCCAUUUAGAAAAUGCUUAGUGCUGGGUUAGCUACUUUAAUAAAGAUUUAUUUAUUCAUUCA